AAAUCGGAAAAUUCACCGUUGAAUGCUUGCUUCUCUCCGUCUCUCUCAUCGCCGUUCGGUCUGUUCUCCGGAAAAGAAACUGUAAUUGAAGAAGCUCAAGAUCUCUUGUGAAAAUGCCGUCUCUGCAAACGUCUCUGCCUCCUGAACUCGCUAACAAUGUGGUUAGGUUGUACCGAGAAUGUCUUCGUAGAGCUAAAUUUAUUGGUAAGCAGCAACACAACACUGAGCUAGUGGUUGGUAUGGUGAGGCAACAAUUUAAGAAACACAUGAAUGAGACAGACCCUGAGAAGAUUCAGAAGCUUAAAGAUGAUGCUGCUCGGGGACUCAUCAAUCACAUGUUGUUUGAGUCAGCAAAGCUGACAGGAGGCAAGGUUAGCCAGAGAUCCUGAUGCAGUCUGGUUGCAGACUCUCCCAUUGUUAUUCUCUCUCUAUCUCUCUAGUUCAAUGCUUGUAGGCUAAUAAUGCAACUAAGUUGGCUUUAAUAAAAGACUUGAUCGAGU